GCUGUGUUAGCAGGAAAUAAAUGAUCAAUAAGUAGUUCUGGCUGCUGAAUAUUUAUAUAUAUCCCUGCGCUUAUAGGUUUAAGAAAUACCUUAGAAAUGGGUCUGACGCAUGGUAUUCAUAGUGUAUAGUAAUUACCUAUUAUCUCUCAGUAUAAAGACUAAUAUAAUUGACACAGGAGUUCCAUGUUCCUAUGCAUUGUUUUGUUCCAGUAAAGAUGAGCCUGAACUAGUCAUGGAGUGGGAUGAAGUGGAAUUGAGCCCUCGGAUCAGAGCAGCAGUUAGGAAAGCUAACAUCAAAUCUGCCGGAAGCAUUUUAACGCUUUCUGUGCCCGAACUGCAGAAACUGGCAAAUCUCUCCGUUGCUGAUGUCCGUCAUUUACAGAAAGCGGUCUCUGCUGUUUUGAGGAAAAACAUGGGUGUCACAGCCCUGCAGAUGUAUAGUGAAAAGGCCAAAUUUCCAUCUCAGCACCAAAAGCUUAGCCUUGGAUGUAAAGUUCUGGAUAACUUUUUAAGAGGUGGCAUUCCUCUGGUGGGGAUUACAGAAAUUGCUGGGGAAAGUUCUGCUGGGAAGACACAGAUAGGACUUCAGCUUUGCCUUUCUGUUCAGUAUCCUGUGGAAUACGGUGGUCUUGCAUCAGGAGCAGUGUACAUCUGCACUGAGGAUGCCUUUCCAAGUAAGCGUUUACAGCAACUGAUCAAGUCACAGCACAAACUAAGAUCCGAUGUGCCAUCUGAUGUCAUUAAGAACAUCCGGUUUGGAGAUUCUAUUUUUGUUGAGCACACAGCUGAUGUUGACACACUUACAGAAUGCAUAAAAAAAAAAGUACCGGUUCUCCUCCUCCGGGGCUCGAUCCGCCUAGUUGUCAUUGAUUCCAUUGCUGCUUUAUUUCGUUGUGAAUUUGCUGCCAAGGAUGCUGCUGUGAAAGCGAAACAUCUUCAAACACUUGGUGCUAAACUUCACAAUAUAAGCAACAGAUUCAUCACGCCUGUCUUGUGCAUUAAUCAGGUCACCGACAGAGUUAGAGAGAUGAAUUCUGAACAGGAUGACGACUUGGGUUUGCAGGAUAAAAAAGUAGUUCCAGCACUGGGCAUUUCAUGGUCUAACCAGCUGUUAAUGAGAGUGAUGGUGGCACGGACUCAACACACAGCACCUACAGAACUCGCCUCAGGAGGGAUCUUACGGACUAUGGAGGUAGUUUUUGCGCCACACAUUGCUCAGUCUUCUUGUUACUACACAGUAGACCUGGAAGGUGUGAAAGGAUUGGAUGACCACGUCCAAAACUGAUAUUUGCCUAGAAAAUGUUUUUUGUUGCUGCAAUUCACACCAACAAGAGGAAACUUACAAUCAAGAAGCACUUUCCAAAAACAGCUAGUCUAGUCCUCCCUAUUAGCAAGUUCUCUUUUUUUGUUUUAUAAUCUACAGUUUCUUUCCGGUCCACAAAUUAUGCAAGAAGAGACAUUUGUUUUGUAAACUUGCUGGGCAGACUUAUGAAAUAGAAAUGAUUUCCCCAGAACUCAGUCAGCUAAAUUUGCAGCAACAUAUCAAAUGACUUGUGGGCCUGGUAAGAAAUAUUUGCAUCCUUUAUAAGGAAAGAUUUGCCAAUCCAUUCAUACGUGCUCUGGUAGUAGCCACAAAUGACGGAGCAUUGCUGAGCCAUAAGGCUUUGUAUCAGUGAUGACACAGGUGAAUGCAAAUAAAGUGGCCUUGUUCCAUU